AUGAAAGCCGUUGUUAUGACCGGAGAGCCUGGCAAGGCAACCCUGGUUACUGACCGGCCAUUCCCCCGGCCUCGACCCGGAUAUGUCCUGGCCGACGUCAAGGCGAUCGCACUCAACCCUACCGACUGGAAACACACGGAUUUCUUCAACAGCAAGGACACUUUGUUGGGCUGCGACUUUGCCGGAGUGGUCGCGCAGACCGGCACGGGAUAUUCCAAACAGUGGAAAGUGGGCGACCGGAUUUGCGGCUUUGUUUCUGGAGGCAAUGCACUGGAGCCCGAAGAUGGUGCCUUUGCUGAGAGAGUAGCCGUCAAGGCUGACGUAGCGUUGCGCAUUCCCGAUAACAUGUCUUUUGAAGAAGCGUCAAGCCUCCCGGUGGCCAUCGUCACUGUUGGUCAAGGCCUGUUUCAGCAAAUGGGCCUGAACCGGCCCAGUCAACCAACCACCGAGAAAGAGUUUAUACUCAUCUAUGGUGGGAGCACUUUGAUCGGAACCAUGGCAAUACAACUGGCCAAACUAGCCGGUUAUACACCCAUUGCGACGUGUUCACCGCACAACUUUGAGCUGGUCAAGUCGAUGGGAGCUGUCGCCGCGUUCGAUUAUAAGGAUCCCAACUGCGUUGCUCAGAUCAAGGAGUUCACCAACAAUAACCUCAAAUAUGUCUGGGACGCCAUCUCAUUGCCGCCCACGGCCCAGCUCUGUGCCCAGGUCAUUGCUCCAAAUGGAAGGUAUGGCACGAUCUUGCCAGUCGACUUCCCGCGGAAAGACGUGAAACAAACCCAUUCAGUGGCAUAUACCGCCUUCGGAGAGCCUGUGAAAAAGCCCUUCUUCGAGGCACAGGACACCACGGCCGAUUUCGAGUUUAUGAAGGGAUGGAUUGCAGAGGCGGAGGGCUUGUUGCACCAAGGUCAACUGAAACACCAUCCGCUGAAGAUUGGCAGAGGACUGGAAAACGUGCUGGAAGGGAUGGAUCAGCUUAGACAGGACAAAGUCAGUGGGCAGAAGCUGGUUUAUGUGCUGUAA